AUGUAUAGACAAAUACGUGUUCAUCCGCAGCAUUCGCCGCUUCAAAGAAUUGUAUUUCGUGAUUCGAUUACCAAACAGGUCCAAGAUUAUGAGCUGCAAACUGUGACCUUUGGUGUAAAUUGUGCACCAUAUUUAGCAAUUCGUACGCUUUUACAACUGGCAGAUGAUUCAGAGAACGAAUUUCCUCUCGCUGCACAUAUUUUGCGAAAAUGUAUGUAUGUUGAUGACGUUUUAGCAGGAGCUCACGACCUCGAAACUGCAUUGGCCGCUAGGGACCAGUUGAUAAUCGCACUUUCCUCUGCAAAAUUUGAACUUAGAAAAUGGACCGCCAAUGACAAAACUAUUUUGGCUCGUUUCCCCCCUGAACAUUUGGUUGACGCUCAAUUGUUAUCGUUUGUUGAAGCUAGUAGUUCCAAACCCCUGGGCAUUAGGUGGAAUGCGCGUUUAGAUUGUUUCUACUUUGAAGUCUGUUCAAUUGGUGACAAACAAAAAUAUUCUAAGAGGGAAGUACUUUCGGCUAUAGCGAAGCUGUUCGAUCCCGUUGGCUGGCUAGCCCCAGUUAUUGUUACGGCGAAAAUGAUUAUGCAGAAGGUUUGGUUAGACAACAUUGGUUGGGAUGAUUCGCUUUUGGCGGCUACUGAGGCCGAAUGGAAAAGUAUGUCCGCAAAAGUCUACACUGAGGAAGAACUUUUGAACGUUGAUGACGGUACGGAGACUGUUGGACCUCGUCCGAGCAAACCCCAUGGUGGAAUGUCAUCGGCUGCAGUGGAAGCAGCUCUAGUUGAGACAAUAGCGGCUGUACAAAUCUCAGAGCCUGGGUCCGAAUCUAUUGCCAUGGAUUCAUCUGUGGCCCUCGCAUCUGCGGUUACACCCAUGCAAACCGAGUCCGAAUCCAUAUCUGUUUGUGAUAACGAAUUGAGGAUCAGAUACGUAGAUUCUUCACAUCCCGGCGCCUAUCAUGAUUCCUUUAUAUGGAAUACAAGUAAGCUGCGAUCUUUUUUUGAGGAUAAAUAUUUAUUGGGCGAGAACAACUAUUGGUUGCAAG